AUGUCGCGCCCCUCGCGCCCGCCCUCCAGCUCGACCACGCCCUACAUCACGACCGACACGGGCAACCUCGUCAGCCGCGCGUGCUCCAUCAACGGCUCGAAGAACAUUGUCCUCGCCGGAAAGUCGAUCCUCCGCCACGGGUGCGUUGUCAGGGGGGACUUGAGGCGCGCGGGCGCGGCGCCGGGUGGGGCAAAGGAGGGCGGCUCGGUCGUGAUUGCGAUUGGGAGGUACUGCGACGUCGGCGAGGGAGUCGUCCUCAGGCCGUGCUACAAGACGUACAAAGGAGUCUUCUCGUACUACCCGAUGAAGAUUGGCGACCACGUCUCGAUCGGAGCCGGGAGCGUCGUCGAGGCGGCGAGCAUCGGGACCGGCGUCGAGAUUGGCAAAGGGUGCAUCAUCGGCCCGCUCGCCAUCCUCAAGGACUACAGCCGCAUCGCCGACGGCGCCGUCGUCGGGAGUGGCACCAUCGUCCCGAGCCUCACCGAGUGGGCCGGCAGUCCAGCUCGCCCUGUCGGCCAGCUACCCGAGUCGACGCCUGAGCUCGUCGAGACGCGCGCAAAGACGGCGUACGCGCGGUUCCAGCCCGAGUAG